AAGACAACAGUCGUGUGUAAACAGUGCAGUGAAAAAUAAUGGCAAAAUUCGAUCCGUCAACAAAAAUUUGGUCAUCAAAGACAGUCCAGUAUCUUUAUCCAAUGGAUACAUAUUUGGGUGAAGUGAUCCUUAAAACGUGUAGCGAGACACCCGAGCGAGUGAUUCAAAUUCAUCAUGAAAAGGAUGAGCAGCUGACUUGUAAAGAACUAAAGGAAUCAAGCAUCAACAUAGCUGUGAAUUUAAUGAAAUUGGAUAUUAAGGCAGACGACAUUAUCGGCGUCAUUUGUCAAAAUUCAAACUUUUUGACAUGUCUUCUAACUGGAUCAGUCAUCAUGGGUGCAGUUAUACAUCCACUUGAUCAUAGUUUAAGCACCGAUAACAUAAGUGAACUUUAUGCUCAGUCAAAGCCAAAAAUGAUAAUCUGUGACCCCGGCAUGUUGACAACAUUGAAUGAGGCAUUAGAAAAAGUAAAUUUAAAGCCAUUAAUUUUAAUUACUUCAGACGAUCCAGAUGAUUCUGAAAUCAGCGCAUUUAAAUUGCUUAGGACAGUUUCUGUAGAUUACGAUUCGUAUGUAGCACCAAAAUUUGAUAAGCCGGCCGAUCAAAAGUUAUUAGCUAUUUUAUGCUCGAGUGGAAUCACAGGAUUACAAAAAAAUGUCUGCGUGAGUCAUGCGACAUGUUUACGAUUUGAUUUUAAAACGUACCCAAAGCCUCCAUCAAAACCGUUGACAUUUAGCUCUGCUUAUUGGAGUUCCGGGUUCUUUUUGCAUAUGUUUGCUUCUUUCUAUCAAAAUGAUGUCCGUAUUUGGAGCAGUGAUGACUUUAACAUCUAUAAAUUAAUUGAGAUUGUAGAAAAACGUAAAAUUAGUGGAAUUAAUUUGGCACCGUCAUCACUUGCGUCAAUUUUACAAUCAAAACAAUUUUUGUCAUCAAAUCAUGAAAGCUUAAAGACAUUUGUAGUUCUUGGAUCAUUUCUUUCUGGAUCAUUGAGGAAUAAAUUUUGUGAGACUCUAUCUAAUAAAACCUUAAUGGUUGGAUAUGGAUUAACAGAAGUUUUUGUAUGCUUAACAAAACCUGAUGAGGUCUAUAAUGGAUCAACUGUUGGUUCCAUGAUUACACCAAAUUUACGUAUAAAAGUUGUCAACGAGGAUGGUCAAGGUGUGGAUCCUGGUGAACGUGGAGAAAUUAGAGUCAAAUUGCAAUUUAACUUUCCGGGCUACUACAACGAUCCAGAAGCUACAGCAAAUGCAAUCGACUCUGAAGGCUUCCUCAAAACGGGAGAUAUUGGAUACUUUGAUGAAGAUGGAUGCUUGUAUAUCGUCGACAGAAUCAGAGAGUCAUUUAAAUAUAAAAAUUAUACAGUCUUUCCAUCAGAAAUUGAAAAUGUAAUUCAGUCAAUUGAUGGAGUUGAACUAGUUUGUGUGUUUCCAGUUUUUAAUGAAAAUUUUGGAACUGACUUAGCUACAGCUGCUGUUAAAAAGUCAUCAAAUGAUGUAAAGCUCACAGAAAGUGACAUCAUUGAAGCUGUAGCUGAGAAAUUGCCAGAAAUUAAGCACAUUCAUGGUGGAGUUUAUUUUAUGGACAGCAUGCCACUGACACCGAGCGGAAAAGUUCAAACGAAACUGGUUAAGGGAAUUGUGAUGCAGAAAUUAAAGAAAAUACAGGAAAAUGGUGGAAAUUCAGUUUAAAUAGAUUUUGAAUUUGUAACACAAUUAAAACUAGUUUUUUAAAAAAA